CCAAUCAUGAAUGGGUUAGGUUGCACACACACACACUACAGCUUUUAUUAUGGCCGGCUGUACAGAGCACGUGUUUGGGGAGCAGCAGCACGUCUGACUUCCCCUUGCGCAGGAAAUAAAACUCAGGUUCCACUAGCAAUUUUGAGAAGAGUAUUGGACUAGACACAGCCUAUUCAUGAUAUGGCGCAGGCUUCUCCUGCACAGCGUGUUCUUCUGGGAUUUAAGGAUGCGGUCAUAGAAAGUGAAACCUCUUCAUGGGACGCAAGCAAAAUAGGUGGUCUGCCAGAUGCCCUCCCUGCUGUGACAAAACUAUUACCAUCAUGUGGUCUGUGUUCUGCAGUCCUUUGCCAUGUUGUCCAGGUAUACUGCCCCAUGGAAGGAUCACCAUUCCACCGUGUUAUUAAUGUGUUUGCUUGUUCCAGAAAGCCAUGUUGGGGAAAACAUGAGAGUUGGGUGGCAUUGAGAUCCCAGAGUCUUGAAGGUAACUCCUUACAAAUUAAAGAAACCACCAUUCCACAGAAGGAUAAUGCCGCUCCUACUGAUUGGUGUGAAGAUGCAGAUAAUUGGGGGUUAGAAGAUGAGGAGCCUAUAGUUCAAAUUUCACCAUCAACGGCUAAUUUCCAGACUACAAACAGCACUGCAGCACCUACAGACUUCUCGUUCCAGCUUGAACAACUUACCUUGUCUGAUAGACUGGAUGAUUCUCCGGCAGCUGAAACUGUGUUUCCCUCUUAUUAUAUUGCUGUAGCUGAAGAGGAGGAGUGCAUGUGGGAAGGUGAUCUGAAUCAUGCUCAAAGACUUCUGAAAGAGUAUGAGCAAAGAGAGGGGCACCUAUCAGAUGAACCAGAAAGCUGUACUGGGAAAGGAGAAACUGAAAAGUAUGAGAAGGGUGGCUUGAGGAACAGUGAUCAUAUAUUCUACAAGUUUCUGAAGAAGAUCUCCUCAUGCAGACAGCAGAUUCUCAGAUAUUCUUGGAAUGGUUCCCCUCUUUACAUAAGCCCCCCAGGCAUUGCCUCAAAUCCCCCACCAUGUAAACAGUGUGGGGGCCGCAGAGUGUUUGAGUUCCAACUGAUGCCAGCUCUUGUUAGUCUGCUUCAAGAUGCUGGAACGGAUGUAUUGUUGGAGUUUGGAACAGUCCUUGUUUUCACUUGUGAGAGGAACUGCUGGAAGGCUGAUGAUAGGACACCAGUCCAAGAAUUCUGUGUUGUGCAGGAAGAUCCAGACCAAAAGUAUUUUAAGUAGAAUGGCAUCCUUUGCAUCAGUUUACCAUGGUCCGAUACAACAACCUGAACAUUUAUUAUGGGAUUCAUGAUACGAUCAUACUCACAGGACGGAUCUUUCUGAAAAACAGUGCAGCAAUAAAAUUAGUGAAUGCUAAAGAAAGAAUUUUGUGCCAUGCACAUAUAGGCAGAUUGUAUGCAUUUUUUCCUACUUUCUCCUUUAAAUAAAGUCCACUAACACUGAAGCCAGCAUGAGCUCACUUGUACCAAAGACUGUAAUGCAUUAAUCAAGAAUAAAUAUAUCUUAACCAA